UACACAAGUCAAGAAUAAACAGUGACAAACAGUAUAGUGAGGUUAGUUUUCUUCUUGUAGUUAAAAUAUGGAGUAUUUCUAUUAAUAAUCAUCGUAGUUAAUUCAAUUCAAGGAGUGCAAUGACUCUUAUUCUUGAAGAACCGUGAUUUUAUUUAUUUUAAAUUUUUAGUGAGUUUUAGACGUUACUUGUGAAGUGUUCCUGGCCUAGCAAUGGCCAACAGAACGGUUAAAGACGCUAAAUCUGUUCGUGGAACAAAUCCUCAAUAUUUGGUUGAGAAAAUAAUCAGAUCAAGAGUUUAUGACAGCAAAUAUUGGAAAGAAGAAUGUUUUGCAUUGUCUGCAGAGUUGCUGGUGGACAAAGCUAUGGAGCUUCGCUACAUCGGAGGAGUUUUUGGAGGUAAUAUCAAGCCUACACCUUUCCUAUGUCUCAUUUUGAAAAUGCUACAAAUUCAACCGGAAAAAGACAUCAUUGUUGAAUUCAUUAAAAAUGAAGAGUUCAAAUAUGUGAGAGCCCUAGGAGCUUAUUACAUGCGGUUAGUUGGCACUUCACUAGACUGCUACAAAUACCUUGAACCACUUUUCAAUGACAGUCGAAAACUGAGAAGACAAAAUCGACAGGGCCAGUUCGAGUUGGUGCACAUGGAUGAAUUCAUUGAUGAACUUCUGAGGGAAGAACGUAUGUGCGAUAUUAUUUUACCCAGAAUACAGAAACGAUAUGUCAUGGAGGAGAACAAUGAAAUUGAACCCAAGAUUUCUGCUUUGGAUGAUGAUUUGGAUGAAGGCAUAGAAUCAUCAGGAGACGACGAUGAUGUUGCAACUGCGGUUGAGAAAAUCAGGACAAAUGAGAACAACUGGUCUAAAAAGAGGGACGAGAGAAAAAGAAGUCCUGAGAGGGCUCGAUCACCUGAGAGAGAUAGAAAUAGGGAAAGGGACAGAAAGAAUCGGGAGAGGGAAAGGAUUCGAGAAAGAGGACACCGAGAGAGAAGUCGUAGCCGGGAAAGGAGACACAGGUCCAAAUCACCCACAGCAAGGUAUCGGAAGGACGAUCGAGAAAAGGAACGACCGAAAUUCAAAAGGAAUGAGGGUGAUAGGUGGCGGGAUCGGGAUAUGGACAGAGGAUGGCAUGACCGUGAACAAGAGAGAGACAAACGUAGGGAUCGAGACAGAGAGCGUGACCGACCGAGGUACCGUGACCAAUAAUUGACUUAACAAGUGAUUAUUUUCCUAUGAACUUCAUAAAGUAAUAAUUAUGAAUCAAAGUAUAAACUGAAUAAGUGAUUCUCCAUGUGUAAUUAAAACGUUUAUGAAGAACAUUUAGAUUACAUAAGCAAUUCAAGAAAAGGUGAGCUGUUUAUCAAUGUAAUAUCAAUUUAAUCACCUUAUAAUAUAAAAGCAUUUUCUCGAUUCAAAUCUUAUCAACUUGUUUACUUAAAAUGUAAUAAAAUAGUCCAUUUUCAAA